AUCAUGAGCGCCAGCAGGGAUGAGGACAUUGUGGCAGAGGCCGCUUCUCGCAUACUCGGCAAAGCCAUGGCGGUACUCCUCCACCACGACCAACUCGUGCGCCAUAUACACCAGUCUAUCUCGGAUCUCGUUCAGCCUGACCUGCAAUUGAUUUCACCGGAACACCAUCCGGCCAUCCUGCACGCGCUUGCCUUCGUUCCCCAGCACUCUUACGAGUAUCGCGUCCGAGCCGGAAUGGAACUGGCAAAGCUCAGGAUCGACCCAGUCACCGUUCAAAAUACGAUCACGUCAACAAAAACCCACCUUCAAGAGGCAUCGGAUGAGAAGAAGCGCAGCGCGUCGUUUCGCUCCUCCAUCGACACCGACUUCGACUUCGAAGCGGAUCGCGUCAAUCCUGUGCAUUUGGACGACCUGACAGACUGCCAAUCUGCGACCGUUGUCUUGCAAUCACCAAAGCAUUGGAGAACGACCAUGCAGAGCGUUGCACCUCCAACCACGGGUCCAUGUCAAACGCUACAUACUUCCUCCUCCAGCAGUCCGAGCAUGUCCUCCAUUGCAUCAUCAUCUACGCUUGUCGAGUCGGUCCCAACGGAUCCGAAAACAUUGAAUGUUCCAAGGGUAGGAAAAGAAAGCUCAUUACGUGCUUUAGUCUCCGCAACGAGAACAGGCCUCGAGAAAGCUUUGUUACGUCAAGUUAUGGAUAGCACUCGCGAGUUCAUCCGGGACGCCAAUCUGGGCCCUGUCAGUCAAGGGGUCCUCGGUGCGGUGGAUGAUGCCAUUCUCAUCGCUCCAAGGUACAUCGCUUCAGUUCGGGCAGUACACAUCGAAAUCUCUAUUCAUCGAGAUUCAAAAAAGCGCGGCGGAACAAAAUUUCAUACCAAUCCACUAUCUGGCAAACCUUUCAAUACCUUGAUGCUGAAAGUUAUCUCGUGGGAAGAGAGUUGGUCUCCGGAGGAAGUGAAAGUCUGGAUCAGAUCGGUAUGUGGCCUUUUCGAAGAAGCAGAAAAAGUGGUGGAUAGAUUAGGUCGGUCGUAGAAGUGUCAUCCUAGUCCCAGCGCGUGCUCAAAUCGCAGACGGAUACAGUACCUCACACGAGCCUCUUCUUCUUUGAAAUGGGGCCCUAAGAUCACGUUGUACAUACAUUAGAAGCUGCACAUAAUAA